AUAAGAUAUCGCGAGAGUACAAUCUGUAGUCGUACUGUUAGUUGUUUGGACUCUGUCAGGUUUACAGUCGACUUCCACCAAUUAGACCCAUCAUGGCAACCUGCUGGUUCCGGUGAUGUUCCGGUUUUGUGCUGUUGUCCACACAGUCCUCAGGAGGUUCUGCAGCUCUUCAGACAUGCCUAACACGAAGGGAAAGUUCUUCUACGCUGUCAGGAAGGGAGUCAAACCCGGAGUCUACAGGUCAUGGAAUGAGUGUAAGAUCCAGGUGGAUAAAUUUCCAGCCGCAUCUUUUAAGAAGUUUGGAUCAGAACAAGAUGCCUGGGCGUUUGUCCGAGGAGAAGAGCUGUCUGUUGUUCCAGAUCACAGCACAGGGACCAAGGUUGGAGAGAUGGACUUCUCUUUGCUUCCCAAACGUGAUCCGGAGCCCCUUGAGUACAUCCCGCUUGGAAAAAAGAGGUCCCGUCCAGAGGAGGGAGCGGAGCUCCAGCCUAAACGGGCCAAGCCUUCAGGGAGCCUGUUAUCAGAAAGCAGAGAUGGGUUCACCUACAUGGGUGAUGCUGUGGUGGUCUACACCGACGGCUGCUGCUCAGCCAACGGGCGAGCCCGAGCCCGAGCUGGCAUCGGGGUGUACUGGGGCCGGAACCACCCACUAAAUGUUGCAGAGCGGCUGCUUGGACGACAGACCAAUCAGAGAGCAGAGAUACAGGCGGCAUGCAGAGCUCUGGAACAGGCCAAACAGAACAACAUCCAGAAGCUGGUUCUGUACACAGACAGCAAGUUCACCAUCAACGGUGUGACCAGUUGGGUGAAGAACUGGAAGCUAAACGGGUGGAGGCUGAAAUCCGGAGGUGAAAUCAUCAACAAAGAAGACUUCGUGAAGCUGGACCAACUGAACUCGGAGCUACAGGUGGUCUGGAUGCAUAUCCCAGGCCACUCAGGAUACAGUGGGAAUGAGCAGGCUGACCGGCUGUCCAGAGAAGGAGCAGCCAGACCUCUGCAGGAGCGUGGAGAUGAUCUGGAAUAAAGCAGAGCUUUGUGUUCAUCAUGUUCUUUAACAGCUGCUACUGUUUUGUUCUGAAUGUUUUUGUUUUCUGAGUCGGUUUUCUGCUCAGGUUCUGUUGAUGUGAAACUCAAUAACAUUUUGGUUCUGUUCUGAUUGACCAUGAAGCCCAGUUUCUUUUCUUUGAAGGUUCCUGAUUUAAGAAGAACAGCAGGAGAAACAGGAACAAAGAAGAAGAGUAAUAAGAGGAAGAAGAGACAGAUCAGCUGAGGAAGAAUAGAGAAAGGAUGCAGGGUUUCUCAGUUUCAUAAAUGUGGUUUAAAAAAUAGUUCUGAUUGACUGUCAAGCACAACAUGACCGUGACCGUACAUUUCCCAAAGUCAGCCUCAGAUUGGCUAAUGUCUCCCUCAUGACAACUCCUUCUCCAGGGGCUUUCGACUCCUGAGCCAGCUGAGUCUUACAGAGAAACAGGAAAAGAACCAGAAGCAGCCAGAAGCCUAACAAGCAGGUCCACCAUUCUUCAGAGAUUAUGAGACUGAUUUAUCCUGAUGACUAGACAGAUUAUGCUGCCUUCAUCUAAUUCUUGUGUGAAGUUGCUCCAAAGAUUCUUGUCUUGAUUGUCCUUAUAUCCUUGGAUGUCCUCAGUGUCUCAGUAGCUUUAAGUCUUUAAGCUUUUCACCUGGAGACUAUGGUGAGGGCAGCGCCGUCCCUCAAGUGGAGAGAGAGGCAGAGGUGGCAGGACCACCUCUAACCCUGGUGGUUCUGGUGUAGAAAUGGACUGAUUAACGGUGGUUCUGAAACAUCCAGCUCCAUCCUUUGCCUCUCAGAUGAAUAUUACCUAUUAGUCUGAGUCCCUUUGAUUAAACUCCAGCUAGAACAGUAAACUAUUGAUAAUCAGCUUCGACAAAAAUAUGAUGUUUCUUAUUCAUGUAGAAUUAACUUCAUUUCCCUAAAUAACUCAUAGGAAACAGACCUUAGUGUGAUUAAUGAAAUAUUAUCCCUGAUUAUAGUAAAAACUAGUUCCUGUAGGUUUUAUUAUCCUUUAUUCUACUGUAAUUAUUCUGAUUGUUGCCAAAUAAAUUUCAAUCUUAAAACUAAAAA